AUAGUAGGCAGAUGAUGCCGAGGAGAGAGAAAUACAACAAGUGACUGAACUGUUGCUCUGCAAAUAAACUGACUGCGCGCCGGCAUUUACGCACAUCUAAAGUCUGGAAAAGUGACCUUUCAGAGCUCGCACGUAUUUUUCUGUCUUUCUCAAGGACUGUAUAGAGUUUAAUUAAACAAUAUUAUUAGACUUUUUUUCUCUCUCUCUUUCUCUCAAUCUGCUUCGGAUCGUUUUGGAGUUUGGACUCAGGGUGCAGAACUCAUGGAUGAGACGGUCAAAGUUUAAAUGCAGCGCAGGAUUCUGGUUGAUUCGAGCUGAGUUUGGACCGAAGCGCAGCAACUUCGAACCGAUGCGCCGGUGAAGGCGGCUCAGUUUUCCGGAGGAUUUCGGUCCGGGUUUGGAGCGGAAGCGGCGUUUUUUUCACCGUGAACCCCGCAGAAUGAACACACACUGAACUCCGGGGCUGAAACGUAGGCGGGAAAAGCGGAGUUUUGACAAGCGAGGCGCCUUUCCCUGAAUGUGGAGGGUGAGAUGAACUCCAGUGGGAAUUUUGAAGACCCCACCUGACAGCUCCUCCCUGUCUGAGAAACUGAAGGAUUUUCCACUGGAGCGUCCACAGCCACAGAGCAGGGAAAGAAUAAAACCCCUUAAAUUUAACAUUUCGUCAGCUGUGAAUGUUUUGCGACAUAUGAUGUGUUGUUUUAAAUUGGAUAAAAGUCACCAGACCAUGUGAGCCAGAGAAAAGGGAGAAACAAAACGGAUGUACAAAUGGGGAAUCAGUCAUUCCCUCCCCUCUGAGUACUGACAUUACUCUACUCGUCUGUGACUCUUAGAAUCCUUGAAAAGACAAAAUUUCUUCCCCCUGUCAGAUAACAUCCAACGUUGUGUCUGACGCUUUCCCCUUUGAGUAGCUUUCUGACCCGAGGUCAGCCUGGCCGGCACAACCAUUCCAGCCAAAGGGGAGGAGGACUUCCUCACGCUGGCCGCCUCACGGCUCAGCCGCAAGAAACGAGUCAUCGGGGCUGGAGUCGGAGUGGCCAUGGUCCUGGUCCUGCUGGUGGCCAUUCCCCUAUUGGUCCACACCACAAAGGGGGCCGGGUCCGGAGGUGGUGGCACACACUAUGAGAUGCUGGGGAGCUGCAAGAUGGUGUGUGACACGUUGAGCCCCCCUCAGGGAGAGCUGACUGCCGUCUCCCCGCAGCCUCCGGACUUCCCAAACCGGAGAGGCAAGCAGGGGUUUAGAGGAAGCCCCGGACUUCCUGGUCCUCCAGGGCCUAAAGGUCCACCUGGAGAGCCUGGUAAGCCCGGUCCACCAGGCCCACAAGGUCCUGGUCCAGGUGGAUACGGUUCCUCCGUCUACACUCCUAAAAUCGCCUUCUACGCCGGUCUGCGGAAGCAACACGAGGGGAGCGAAAUACUGAAGUUUGAUGACGUGGUGACCAACGUGGGGAACUACUAUGAGCCGAGCACAGGCAAGUUCACCUGUCCUCUGCCCGGCAUCUACUACUUCACCUACCAUGUCCUGAUGAGAGGCGGCGACGGGACGAGCAUGUGGGCUGACCUGAAGAAGAACGGACAGGUGAGAGCCAGCGCCAUCGCCCAAGACGCAGAUCAGAACUACGACUACGCCUCAAACAGCGUCAUCCUGCACCUAGACGUGGGCGACGAAGUGUGUGUUCAGCUGGACGGGGGCAAAGUUCAUGGUGGAAACACCAACAAAUACAGCACCUUCUCCGGCUUCCUCAUCUACCCCGACUGACAAUAUAAUCCCCCCUCCUCCCCUUUUACCCUUUGAUCGAGCGAAGAGUUUCCUCCUGUUUCUUCAUCCAACACAUCCUGCCAUCCAUUCAUCCUCUCUCCAUUUAAUGCAUAUAGUGACAUCAUGACAACAGAGCUAAAGAAAGCUUGUGUAAAAAGAAUAUAAUGUACAUACAUCAGACAAGAUUGACUCAUGAUGCACACACCUUUUGUGAUCUUUAAUAAAAUGCCAUGUACAGUAUGUGUAAGCAUGGCUAAAAUAAAUCAUCUUCACCUUUACUCCAAUCAUUUUGCUGUUUACACGAUAUUGAACUUCAGUUUUUGCUCAAAGACAAACCAACUGAAAUGAUCUCUGAAUGUAGACUGUCAAUCCGGGGCAGAAGUAUUCGGCUGCAGCCUCUUUCCCUCACUGUGAGAUAGAUUUCCAUUGCGACCAAACAAGAAAAAGGCAUGAAUAUAUUGAUCGCAGCUGAUAAUUCAGCACACCUCUCGAUUAUAACGCUGUGUGUUGUAUGUCUGUGUUAAUGCCUGUGCGGAAGCAUACGAGUGUGUUUUUUUUUGCCCUUAGGUUCUGUGGAAGUGUAAAAGCAUCCUGUUGUUGUUGGUGUAAUUUGCACAGAAAGGGGGAAGGAGAGAGUGAAGCUGCUGGUAACAGUCCCUCAACACACACACAGUUUAUCAAUACCCAGGUUUAGCUUCCAGAUUGAUUCCUGAGCCUCGGAGCAACAUCACGUUGUGGUAACAAGCUGAGAUUUCUUCUGAAGCCCAUGCUCAGUUACACAUUAAGUUUACGUCUACAGUGUGUCGUAUUGAUCGAAGUGUGCUUUUUUUUUUCUCAAUGAGAUGAAAAAAGGUGGAUAAUUAUGAUGUCAUUUUUGAUACCAAUUUACUUUCUUCUCAACUUAACUUACUUCAUUUUUUUUCCACAAAUGCAGAUUUUAAUAUGUUGAGAAUCAACAGCCCAACUUCUCUCAUCAAAAUUUAGCAGCGUUCAUCUAAUUGUUUCCUUUCACACUUGACUCUUAAACUUCGUUGAUACAUUUCCAAUAGGCUUGAGGGCAGCACUAUUCCUAAACUUUAAUGUUUGCAUACUUUAUUCAUUCCAAAACCAGUUUGGUUUGGGAUGCUGGACCACCCAAUUAUAGCCAUCCAGCUGGUAAUUUACCAUAAAGUUAAAUAAUUUGGAGGUUAUUCUUAAUUUUUUCAUCUACUUGGUACAAUUAGCAGCAAAACAGACUUCAGUAUGAUGAUGCUAUGACCGUGUAUUAAGGUUUGAAAUAGUAACUCUGACGCUUUGAUACACACCUCUUAGUGUCACCAAACUGCUCGAUUUUUGUGUUGUCUGGCCUCAAAGACUUUCUGAAAAGGGCAUUUGGUUUGUUUAUGUGGGCAGAUGCGAAUUGUUGUCAAGCUUGAGCAUGUUGAUUUAAGGGAAGGUGGUUCUUGUUUUCUUGUGGACUGUCACAGUCGUAAUUCAACAUCUUUCGGUACAUAAUGAACUCCAGGCUCGAUAGGUCUCAGUAUCGUUCCUGAACGUUCAAACCAAUUUCCUUUCAUGUGAAAAUUAAACACAAAUGGGUGUUUCAGUGGGACACUGAUAAGCUCUGGCAGUUUGCUAAAGGUUGUCCUUCUACAAGAUGUUAAAAAAAAAAUAAUAAUGUGUAAAUGGCGUAUUUUAGCCUACAUCCACCCCUUUGAGGCUUGGGAUAAACAGGAAAACAGACGGCAUGCCACAUGUGAAGUUUUCCUUGCAGCCAUAAAUCAUGUAAAACCAUUUGAGUGGCAUCCUGAAGCGCACUCAAACACACAGCAAGCUGAAAAGGAGCAUAAUCCUCUUAAAACACACACGUCUUGGAGGUUCUUUACAUAGUGCCAGAGCUCCUUGAAUUAAAAGAGUAGAGCAAGAAAGGUUCAAACCUCUUCUUUAGCUCGGCACAGAAAGAUGGUUUCAGUGAGGCAGGGAUGAGCUUUUACUUUAAAAUGUGUUUUUCAUUAUUUCAUUGUAAACGGACACAUAUUAAAUGCUUUUCUUUUCAAAAUGCAGCUGACUGUUGUUGACUAUUACUGCCAUUUGCCAUAAGUAUAGGUUCUUCGUGCCUUAUAUAUAUAUAUAUUUUUUCCCUUUUGAAUACAUUUCUUUCCCUUAUUAAAACAAAGAUAUGUGCAGAAGUUGAUCCACAGGAUGCAACAGAAACGGAGAGGGAUUUCAUGUUUUCAUCCACUGGUAGUGAAUAUUAAGCAGAAGAACGCUACUAUGAGUCUUUGUUUUAUAACCAGAAGAAAAUAAAUCCUGUAAACGUUGGAAAAGGGGAUAAUGAUGUAAGGAGAGAGAAAAAAAAAAACUAUUUGUAAGUCAGUUUAUUUCUGCAUCCAUAAAACAAGGAUGCUUACCCAUAAAAGAAAUCCUGUGAAGAAAUGAAUUGUAACUUUCACUUGUAAACACAGUGAAGGGAAGAGUUUAUAAUUAUGCCUAAUACUUAACCUCAAUACUGUAAAUGUAUCGUAUGCCUUCUUGUCCCAAAUAUAAAACAUGACUCGUCUCUCAUGUGAAAUUAUCCGUUCAUCUCAUAAUUUUCUUGCUGUAACAGAAAAACUCAGCCGACUCCAGGAUUUUACACCUCCAGUUCCCCCCUCUGAGGCUUUCAUAACACCACGAUGACAUGCUGCAUCUCACUGUGUGUGUUAUUACCGGAACUGUUACCUUUGAUUGGAAAAAGUUUGAGUUAUUGUCACUGUGCAUUUGCAAGCUGAGUUGUGUGUUCUACUUUGUUACUGUGAGCUGCAGUGUUUUCCCCCUACCCCCCCCCCGAAAGACCAUAAAAUACAAUAA